AAAAAAAGGCAAAUAACAUAAAGAAGGCCAAUUAAUAUACAUACAUACAUACAGCCACAGGAGGAGCUAGCUUAUUGUGUGAGAUUCGUCUUGUGAAACCUCAUUCUCUCUACCAUUUUGUGUUUCUUCUUGUUACCAAUGGAGAUUGUUGUUGCUGUUGGAGAAGCACUCCUAUCGGCUACUGUUCAACCACUUAUUGAUACGCUUUCCUCUCAUCAACUCAACAUCUUUGUUCGAGGGGAGAAAAUCGAUGCUGACAUCAAGGACUGGAAGAUGAUCCUGGAUGAAAUCAACGCUUUGCUCCAUAAUGCUGAAGACACGCAAAUGACAAAUCCUGCAGUGAAAAUAUGGCUUGAUGAGUUUCGAGACUUGGCCUAUGACAUAGACGAUGUAUUGGAUGUGUUCAACACCGAAGCUUUGAAGCGCGACAUGACGGAAGACCCUCAGGCAUGCACAAGCAAGCUGCUAAAGUUCCUCUCCACUUGUUUCACUUCUUCUGCGUUCAAGAACAAUAUGGUACCAAGGAUAAAAGACAUUACUGAAAGAUUAGAGCGUCUUAAGGCGAGGCAAGAACAUACUCUCAACUUGAGGAGGAUUGCUUAUGGGACGAGAUCCAACCAGCCGAAGGAAAGGCCACCAACGACUUCUCUGGUAGAUGAAUCGUACAUUUAUGGCAGGGAUGACGACAAAGAAGUUAUUGUUCAAAUGUUGCUUAGGGAUGAAGGUGGUAGCAACUCCAUUUCUGUGAUCCCUAUUUUGGGGAUGGGAGGGAUUGGCAAGACUACAUUAGCUCAGUUAGUGUACAACGAUUCAGCAGUAAAGGACUAUUUUGGCAUCAAGGUGUGGGUAUGCAUCUCUGAAAAUUUUGAUGUUGUCGGCUUAACGAGAACAAUUUUGCGGAAAGUAGCUCCAGAGACAUGUGAUUUGAACAAUCUUGAUUUGGAUUCACUUCAAGAAACAUUGAAAGGGAAAUUGUCUCAAAAGAAAUUUCUGCUCAUCCUAGAUGAUGUUUGGGAAGAGGAUUACAUUCUAUGGGAUCAACUACGUAGACCUUUCUUUUCUGCAGCGUCCAGUAGCAAAAUUAUUGUCACCACUCGGAAGAAUAAUGUUGCACCGAUCACUGCUAAUGGUUCAAUUUUCCAUUUGAAGGAGUUGCCAGAUGAAGAGUGCUUGUCCAUAUUGGCUCACCAUGCUUUGGCGGCACAAAGCUUUGAUGCACACUUAGAUCUAAAGGAUAUUGGCCUGGAAUUGGUGAAAAGUUGUAAUGGACUUCCCUUGGCUGCAAAAGUUUUGGGAGGUCUCUUGCGCAAUAAACGAAGCCGUGAACACUGGGAAUGUGUAUUGAGAAACAAACAGUGGAAUUUCCCAGAAAAGAGCAAUAGUGUCCAUCCGAUUCUAAAAUUGAGUUAUGAUGAUCUCCCUUCUCAUUUAAAGCGUUGCUUUGUUUAUUGUGCAAUAUUGCCCAAGGAUUAUGAGUUUUGUAGGGAUGAGUUGGUUCUGUUAUGGAUGGCAGAAGGCUUUUUGCACCAUCCCCAGGGAGGGAAGCAUAUGGAGGACUUGGGAAUUGAAUACUUUGAGGAUUUGGUAUCAAGGUCAUUCUUUGGGCCAAGUAAUAGUAAAGGGUCAUCAACAUUUGUGAUGCAUGAUCUCAUAAGUGAUCUUGCUCAAACUAUUUCGAAAGAUAUUUGUUAUAAUUAUGAGAAUAAGACAAAGGGUGCAAGCUAUGAAAAUGUCCGUUAUGCAUCUUUUUCUUUUCGCGAAGACUCGCAAGAAUAUGAAGUCUAUUCUCGAAUGAAGAGGUUGAGAACAAUUUGGCGACAAGGUGGUUAUUAUCCUGGCUGGGGAGUCCAUGGAAACAAGAUGUUGGACGAGCUAUUAACACAAUCAAAAUGCGCAAGGGUGCUGUCUCUUGCUGAUUCCCCAACGGGAAAGCUAUCGAAUUCAAUUGGAGAUUUGAUACACCUACGGUUCAUCAACUUAUCUGAGACAUCUAUUGAACAGCUUCCAGAGUCAGUGAGUACUCUCUUUAAUUUACAAACUUUGUUAUUGUUUUCUUGUCGUCGACUCGUGAAGUUGCCAGAUAAAAUUAGAAAUCUGGUGAACUUGCGGCAUCUUGAUAUUUCAUCGACACCUAAGUUAAAGAAGUUGCCAUCCGGCAUAGGUAUGUUGACCAAUCUUCAGACUUUAUCCAAGUUUAUUGUGCAAGAAGGGGAUGGAGCUACAAUCGCUGAACUCCAUAACUUGAACAAUCUUCGUGGCAGUUUAUCCAUUGAAGGGCUUCAAAAUGUACAAGAAUCAAAGUUCGCAAACUUAAAGGGGAAGCAAGGCCUUGAAGAAUUGGAAUUACAAUGGAAUCCUGGUGAUGGAAGGAAUGACAUGCCGGUGCUUGAAUCACUUGAACCUCAUCAAAACUUGAAGAGGCUUACCAUUUCAUCCUACGAUGGUGCAGAAUUCCCAUCUUGGAUGACAAAUAUUCGUUUGGUUUCCUUAAAUCUGUUGAAUUGUAAAGAGAUCAAACUCUUACCCCCUCUCGGGCAACUUUGCUUACUCAAAGAGCUACGCAUACAUGGAUUGGGUGCAGUUAAAACCAUAGGUGGUGAGUUUUAUGGGGAUGGCGUAGUGCCAUUUCGUUCAUUAGAGAGGUUGGAAAUCACUUAUAUGUCAGAUUGGAUUGAAUGGUCUCAUGGCAAUAUGGGUGGUGAUCAAGGAUUUCCUAAUCUUCAGGAGCUUAGGCUAUUUAAUUGUCCUAAAUUGAUUGGGAGUUUGCCAAGUGGAUUGCACAGACUUAGACAUCUCUCUCAAUUGAAAAUCAUCGGAUGUGGAAGUCUGGUAUCGUUUGCUCCUAUGGGCUUGCCAUGUAGUCUAAAAGGCAUUACAGUUAUACAUUGUGAUGCUCUUCAAUGUUUCCCAAUAAUUUACACUGACGAUAGCGAGCAGAGCCUUCUUGAAGAACUAUAUAUUGAGUAUUGCUCUUCCCUCAAGUACUUGGAGGGAAACUUCAAGUUGCCUACCUCAUUAAGGAAAUUGACAAUCGAGAGUUGUGGAAAUCUAUUGUCUCUACCUGAUGGAUUGAUGGUGCAAGAUAACAACACAAACCGGUUUCAGUCUCAGUCUCAGUCUCAUCUUGAGCAUUUGGAGAUUACGGGAUGUCAGAGGCUUACCGCCCUUCCAACCGGCAAAUUUCCUGCUGCUCUUAAAAUCCUUACACUUAGGGGAUGUAGUUUGCAAUUGGAAUCAGCAAUUUCAGAGAAUAACAUGGCACUUGAAACAAUUGAAAUACGGAAUAAUGAUGAGAUAAAACCAUUGCCCUCCAUGGACUGUUUGCCAAGUCUCAGGGUACUGAUCAUAGAUGGUUAUGCUUUAGAGUCCUUCCCAGAAAUGGGCUUCCUCAGCACCACUCUUCAAAGCCUUGUUAUAGAGAGGUGCCAAAAUCUGUCAUUGCUGCCCAUUCGAAUACAAAGCCAUUUCCCUUCACUUCGAGAGCUGUCCAUAAGGAAUUGUCCUAAUGUGGUAUCCUUGAUAGAAGCAGCAGGUGGUGUGCAACGAAACCUUACUAAACUCGAGAUAUGGGACUGCAAGAAACUGAGGCAUCCAAUACCAGAGUGGGGUUUGGGCAUGCUAUCCUCUCUUGUAAGACUUGAUGUCACAGGUAGAUGUCCUGCAACUGCAGAUGUGGUAUCGUUUCCAGACGAUAAUUGUUGUUGGCUUCCCACCUCUCUGAAAUAUCUCCGUAUAGGAUAUUUCACGAGUCUGGAAUCUGUGUCCAUGGGACUCCAAAUGCUCACCUCUCUUGAAGAACUGGUUAUCCAACAGUGUCCCAAACUCCGAUCCCUGCCAAAGGAAGCCCUGCCUUUCUCUCUUGAACGAAUGUUUAUCUCUGGUUCUCCGCUCCUCAUUAAAGACUACUUCAGUGAAAGAAAGAGAUUAUACGUCGACUAUCGUGAUAGAGAAUAUAAUCAGUGGCAGUGAGCUUCAGAUUAUACGUCAAGUGGGUCUCUUUGGUCAUACAAGACAAGUCAUAAAUCAAUCAAAGUUUAAGAAGCCCAGGUCUGCCCACCCACCAAACACCACACAUCACUUGUCUUUCUUGUUCAUAGUUUCUAUGCUUAAUUUGUAAUUUCACUGCCAAUUUGAUCCAUCCUUUUUUAUAUUCAUACCUUUCAGGUCAUUAAGGAUGAGUAGUCUCUCAAAGACACAAUCGAAGGAGUUUAUGAAAGAGUUCAAAUUGGCAGUGGACUGCCUAAUUGGUUGUUUUUGUUGCUGAACAAUUUCUUCAUCACAAACUCCAUAACCAUAAUAAGGCUUGAUGUAUAGAAAUAUAUAUAUAUCUUAGAUGGCUUCAUUUUCUUUUGUCUUUUUGGGUAUAUAAAUCUUCUUACAUCUUAUAUUGUUAUUAGUUUAUAAUUCACUAAAUAUGAUGUGCUACUUGUAAUGCUUUAAGAAGUUGAGGAGGCUUGAACCAAUUUCCCAUAUGCAUUUUCUCUUCCUUUGUUUCA